AUGGCUGCUCAGCACCACUGGGACGACACGCGCGAGGCGCUGUUGCACGGCGAGCGGACGGUCGCGAAGCGCGUGCGGAGUGUGUGGAAUGGGUUCACCGAGUUUGCGCUGAGGGAUAAUGUGCUCGAGGUUGCGGUUGGUUUGAUGAUUGCGUCGGCGUUCACGACCGUCGUGAACUCCCUCGUCUCGGAUAUCCUCCUGCCUCCACUAUCCCUUUUGCCGUUCAUGGACCACAAGAACCUCCCCGAGAAGUUCGCCGUCCUCAAGCGCGGCCACAACGCGACCGCGCAUUACAACACGCUGAAGCAGGCGGAGGACGACGGCGCGGUGACGCUUGCAUACGGGUUGUUCCUCGAGCACGUCCUGAAUUUUGUCGGGCUUGGGUUGGUGUUGUAUGCGUUAGCAAAUAUAUACGCCGUGGUGUCGAAGGACUCGAUUAUCAAGCAUACAGUGAGGUGCAUAUAUUGUAGGAAGGAGAUCUCCCAGAAGGCCAAACGGUGCGCGUUCUGUACGGGGUGGCAAGAUGGUAGGGAAGAUAGGGAGACGAGCGCUCUGUGAGCAACGACCAGCAGUCGUUGCAUGCCCAUUGGGUCCUGCUUACGAAUUUCACGACUGUUGCUGUAUCGAUAUGCCGAAUGUCUCAAUUAUUCAUCCCUUCUUGUUUCCAU